CUCGGCAGAUCACAGCCAGUAGCCUCCUCGCCUAUCUGAUGCAUGCACGCGUCUCCCUAGUCGAUUACGAUUCACCUGGAGGAAAAAAUUAUUCACUGUUCUAUCGACUGUAUGCGAAGCUCGAGUGUCAGACGAGUGUCGAAAUGAAAAACAUGUGUUUGCUCCGAGAGCUGAUCUGACAGCGUCUCUGGAAGUGAGGAAAAAGUUGCCGACAAAUACCGUAGAAUUACGAAUGGGAUUGCGAGUGAGUGGGUAACGGGGCGAGGCACUCGUUUGUGCUCCAAUAACGAGCGGUAUUAAACGAACGGCCAAGAAAAAUGCAACAAAUACGCUGCUUGGAAGUGGGCUGUGAUUACCUUCGAAAAUAUCGAGCAACAAUUAUACUAUCGAACGAUUUUUAUUCUACGAGUGACGGUUCGGAGAUUAAGGCGAAUGGGUAUCUACAGUUGUAGAAAUCCGAUACGUGAGUCUGGACUCUCAUAGAAUCGAUUUUAUCAGUUUUAUUUCGCCUUUUGGAAAGUGGAUUUCUAAGUCGCCCGCCACUUACGAAGCUAUGAAUGGAGCGGAAGCAACAUUCUGGUGGAUCUGUUUCGCGAUUGCGUUCGUCAGAUUCGCUCGAGCCGAGGAGAAAAAGGACUCGGAGGGAUUAAACGAGACUCUACAGUUUAAUAUUUGUCGCGGAGUGACGGUGUGCGUCGCGAAUGACGAAACGAGCAUCGUGAUAAGAAUGUCCACACUGUUUAAGGGAAACGAAGUAGAGCAGACAAGGAACAACGGCAGAUUGAAAUUGAAAAAGGGCACUCUAAAGAAGAUUGGAAUGGCGUUGAUGAUGGUGCCCGUAAUGAUGCAGUUAAUGUCGCUACCAGCCACAUUGGCAUCCAUAAAAUUCAGUUUGCUGCGAAGUAUCGUUGUGGGAAAGCUUGCGUUGCUCAUGGUACUCUUCAACAUAUUCAAGAAUUCGCAACGACAAGAAGUGGUAGUGGUCCAUAAACCCGAAUACCACGAUCAUUACUAUAACAGUUAUCAUCAACCGGAAGACGACGACGAGGGCUGGUUGGGAGGCAUGUUGUUAAGGAGUCACGAGCAAUAAUAAUUGUGAUAUAAACUUAUAUUACAUAAGUUAUAUUAUGUGGAUUACUUUUAAUAUAAAUUGCUAUUAUGGUUUUUCUUUUUAAUGCAAACAAAAGUUUACAGGGAUCGAAAUACAACUGAAACGUUCCUGAAACCAAACUAGUAAAAAUUGCAUGAUUUGUUUGAAAAAAAAAACAAGUAUGAAAUGGAUCAAUUAAACCGUACUUAAUCUCCCUAAUUAAAAAAAUACUGAUAUUUAUAAUGCGUACUCUUUCGAUACUCUUCUUGCAAGAAAUUGCGUGUCUGUAAUAGGAAAUAGACCGUGAAAUGAUUAGCCGAUAAGGGAGAAAGCAAUUUAGCUUAAUUUUGCACAAUUUAGAACACUCGCAUAAAAGUGUGCAAUCAACAAAGACCAUUAUGCAAUCUCCGCGUAACCAUUCGACGCUCGAUCGAUUAUUCGAUUAAUAAUCGGUUCUAGAGGAAGUGACCGGUAAAGAACCAAUGGCGUGAUAUUUAGUGACCUAGUUCGGGCCCAAGUAACGGGAUUUCGGUCCAGAUUCGGUGGCGAUCCAUUCCGACGACAUGCUGGGUUUCCCUUUUCUCUGCCGUUUAAUUCAACGUCGAAAUCGAAAUUUGUAUUAUAAUCCUGAUCGAUUACGAUGCGACAGAGUGAAACGAAAUUCCUAAUAUUACCAUUUCUUUUCCUAUCCCAAAAUCCAACUAUCGUGUGUUACCUCUUGUAGUUAGGAGGAUAUUACAAUAUAGGAGGAUAUAGACGGUAAU